AUGGAGCUUUCCAGCUGGCCGCAAAUCCCAGCAAUCAACCAGAAGAACUACUACACCGACUACCUCAAGAGGGAUGAUCAGUCCCUCGCGUUCCGACUACAAAAUGAGGAGGCCCGGUCCAAAAUGACCAAGGCCGCAAAGGACCGUGAUCGAGCCCUUGCAACGGCCAAGACCAGCGAACCCGCCGCAGAGGCGGAAGCCGAAGCCGAUGAGGAUGCGAAGAUGGAGGACACGGAAGAAGCGCCUGCCGAAGCGGCCGGGUCCAAGGUCAUUGUGAUUCACAUCGGCAGCCAGAACUUGCGAAUUGGCUUAUCGAGUGACGCACUACCCAAGACGAUUCCGAUGGUGAUUGCGAGAAAAUCCGCGACAAGUGAAUCUGAAGACCAGGAGGAACCCAAGCCGAAGCGUUUGAAGCGGGACGACGGUUCUCCUGUGGAGCCGGAGAAGUCGUUUGGGUCUGAGUUCAACAGAAUGUCUGCCGAUCUCAAGGUACAUAUGCGACAGAACAAGCGACGGAUGCUGCCCAACUCCAAGGAGAUGGUGGUCAACUACAAUCGCAGAACAGCUCCAGAGGUCAUUUCGGAACAUAACGACCCCAUGCGGGUCGACUGGACCGAGCUCUCCGACCCUCCACCAGAGUACAUUGUGGGACAGCCCGCAUUGCGUGUACCAGACUUGUCAAAACCCCGAUACAAGCUUUACUGGCCUAUCCAGAAUGGGUGGUGCAACGAGAAAGACUACAAGAGUAAGCGGAUGCUCUUCUUGGACAUUUCUUUGAUCCUUGAAGAUGCCAUCAAAACCCACCUGGGCUUGACCAGCAAGAAAGACUGGCCGCAGUAUUCGUGUGUGUUUGUCAUCCCAGAUCUCUACGAGAAAUCAUAUGUCACCCAAAUUCUCGAGAUGUUGAUGCGAGAGUUUUCCUUUGCCCGCACAUGUUUCAUCCAGGAAAGCCUAGCGGCCACCUUCGGCGCCGGGUUUACCUCGGCCUGCGUCGUCGAUAUCGGGGCGCAGAAGACGUCCAUCUGCUGUGUGGAGGAAGGCAUGUGCAUCGAGAACUCGCGCGUGAACCUGAAGUUCGGCGGGCGCGACGUGACCGAGACUUUCAUCAAGAUGAUGCUCCACGACCACUUCCCCUAUGCCGACAUAAACCUGUGGCAGCGGCACGACUAUUUGCUUGCCGAGGAGCUCAAGAAGAACCUCUGCACCAUGAACGAGGGCAGCGUCUCACCCCAAGUGUUCGACUUCCAUCUACGUGUGGCUGGCCAGGAUACACGCAAAUACAACUUCAAGGCCUACGAUGAAGUCCACCUGGCGCCGAUGGGCUUCUUCGAGCCAACCAUCUUCGACAAUGAACACAAAGUCGACGCACGACGGACACUCAUUGACCGGUCUAUGGAUAUCUACGACGGGCAACUCAAUGACCCUGUCUCUGCUGCGCAGUCGGAGAUUUUAACCGCUCUCGCCCCGCCACUGCCUUCCGAUGACAAGGCGAACGGAGACGCGCCGACGGCACUGUCGGAUGUGCAGGCGACACCGAGCAAACCCCAGCACCCCAGCGCAGUCAGCAAAGUUCAGGAAGCUGAGGCCACUCCUCGGUCAUCUGUUGCCGGCUCCCCAGGACCUGAAGCCGCGGGGACUCCGCAAGCCGGUGGAGCUAGCACGCCUGCUGUGAAGGAUAAGGAGUUGGCUGAGAAGGAGAAGGCACCUCGGGCCCCCUCUGUGGAAGAGCGAGACGACAUCAUCCCGGUGUACCCUCUCGACAGCGCGAUCCUCACAUCCAUUGCUCACGCAGCUCGCUCGGAUGAAAAGAAGAUGCGCGAUUUCUACGGGGGGAUCAUGGUGGUGGGUGGCGGCAGCUUGACUGCGCAGUUCCACCAGUUCCUCGAGGAACGACUGCAAGCUCUGCGUCCUGGGUUUGCCAAGGAGAUCAUGAUUGGAGUUCCUCCGAGAGACCUCGAUCCCCAGGUGGUUGUGUGGAAGGGGGCCAGUGUGUUUGGGAAACUCAGUGGGACCAAUGAUAGCUGGAUUGGGCAGCUGGAGUAUGAUCGACUAGGGCAUCGACUGAUGGCAUACAAGUGCAUGUGGGCGUAUUAA